UUCCAUUUUUAACUACCUUUCGAGAAAUCGGCCUGCCAAAGUUUUUCUUGCCUUCCUGAACUUCUCUAGAUCGAUCUCACAAUAAAAGAUGGGUUUCAAAGGCUUUUUUGAAGGUGGCAUUGCCUCCAUCGUCGCCGGUGCUUCCACCCACCCUCUCGAUCUAAUCAAGGUUCGCAUGCAACUCCACGGUGAAUCUCACCUUCCAAAUCCGUCCACGUUGCAUGCCUAUCGUCCUGCUUUUGCUGCUAACGUUUUACUACCAACAACCUUAGAAGUUCCCCCUCCACCUCGUGUAGGACCCAUUUCCCUUGGCGUCCGUAUCAUCCAAUCUGAAGGUGUCGCCGCACUUUUCUCUGGCGUUUCCGCCACUGUCCUACGUCAAACCCUAUACUCCACCACCCGUAUGGGACUUUAUGAAGUCCUUAAACAAAAGUGGGCUGAACCUGAAACUGGAAAUCUGCCUCUUUUACGUAAGAUAUUGGCUGGCCUCGUCGCUGGAGGAGUUGGAGCUGCCGUUGGGAACCCAGCUGAUGUAGCUAUGGUUCGAAUGCAAGCAGAUGGACGGCUCCCCGUUGACCUACGUCGGAACUACAAAAGUGUGGUGGAUGCUCUCACACAAAUGUCCAAGCAAGAAGGCAUAGCUAGCCUGUGGCGUGGCUCAAGUCUGACAGUGAACCGUGCAAUGAUUGUCACCGCAUCACAGCUCGCAUCCUAUGAUCAGAUAAAAGAGAUGAUCUUGGAAAAGGGUGUGAUGAGCAAUGGAAUAGGAACCCAUGUGACGGCGAGCUUCGCAGCUGGGUUUGUGGCUGCUGUGGCUUCAAAUCCUAUAGAUGUGAUAAAGACUAGGGUUAUGAACAUGAAGGUGGAGACAGGGGCGGAGCCGCCUUACAAGGGUGCAUUAGAUUGUGCAAUGAAGACUGUGAGGGCGGAAGGAGCUAUGGCAUUGUACAAAGGAUUUAUACCUACAAUCUCAAGGCAAGGACCUUUCACGGUGGUGCUGUUUGUCACUCUUGAGCAGGUCAGAAAGCUUCUUAAGGAUCUAUGAGUUUUUAGGACGAAGGGCAAGAAAU